AUGGAUCUGUCUGCUCUUCAUGCGACGAACCUUUUCCACACAAAUUCGUUUUCCCAAAGACCCAUUUCCUCCAAUUUGGGAAUAACUGGAGUUCCUUUCAGAGUUGUAGAUGGACGAGUGUUUGAGAUCACUGGCCUAUGGCGAAAGUCAUACUGUAAAGGAUAUCGCCCAUUUGUUGUCAGCGCCACCGGCAAGAAGAAUAAUGACAACUCUUCUUCUGGAAAUGGCGAACGGUCCAUGCCAGAAGGAGAUGGUACUAGAGAGAACAAUUCUGCUGAUGGUAACAAAUCAGAUAGCAACCCUGAGAAAUGUCAUCAUACUAGUGUGGAUUGGCGUGAGUUCAGGGCAAAGCUAUAUAGAGAUGAGCUGAAAGAAAUAUCAGAUACGGACAUGCAUAAUCAUAGUGGAGCAUUGCCCAAUUCCAAUCCUCUUGGAACACAGUGGGCUCAUCCUAUUCCAGUGCCUGAGACUGGUUGCGUACUUGUGGCUACGGAAAAGCUUGAUGGUGUUCGCACUUUUGAAAGAACUGUUAUUCUCCUUCUCAGAUCCGGAACUAGACAUCAUCAAGGAGGACCUUUUGGAAUUGUCAUCAACCGUCCUCUUCACAAAAAAAUCAAACACAUGAAACCUACAAAUCAUGAUCUAUUAACUACGUUCUCUGAUUGUUCUCUGCAUUUUGGUGGACCUCUUGAGGCAAGCAUGGUUUUAUUGAAAACAGAGGAAAAGAUGAAGCUUCCUGGAUUUGAAGAGGUAAUCCCUGGGCUAUGUUUUGGAUCUCGAAACAGUUUGGAUGAUGCUGCAGGGCUUGUGAAGAAGGGGAUUCUCAAGCCUCGUGACUUCAGAUUUUUUGUUGGUUAUGCUGGAUGGCAACUGGAUCAGCUGAGAGAUGAAAUUGAGUCAGAUUAUUGGUAUGUGGCUGCAUGUAGCUCAAGUUUGCUCUGUGGGGCACUAUCAGAUUCAUCAGAAAAUUUGUGGGAGGAGAUUUUGCAGUUAAUGGGUGGGCAUUACUCAGAAUUGAGCCGGAAGCCAAAGCAAGACAUGUAG